GCCACAUUUUCCUACAUCACUUGAACGCAGCUGCUGGUUGCUCUGCUGCAACAAUGGCUACUAUCUGUCAGAUAUGGAGACCGGACCGAGGACGCUGCUUCAAAACCUAUGGAAUCAUUAUCCUGUUGUGUACGGACCUGGUUUUACAGUGUGUUAACGGGUACCUGAGCUCUCCUCAUGUUGGCCAGGAGCCCCCCUACACGAGAGAUGCUCAGCAUGGACCUGUCAUCACCAGCCCUGUGGUCCCUGCUGCAUCCGCAGUGUCACCCGCAGAGGAAGAGAGCUACCCUUCCAAGUGUCCUAGUGGGGGUUUGUGUAGUCGCCUGCCAGCUGAUUGCAUUCACUGCGAUUACCAGUACAACUGCACCUAUGGGAAACCAGCUAACUUCACUUGUAAACCCAAAAAAGGGGUUCACUGUAUAGGAGGGUCAGGACAACAGCAAACCAACUUCUCUCUCUCCAUCAUCUGUCAGUUCUGCUGGCAACUGGAUCCGUCCCAGUACCGCUGCUCAAACUCCACCAACUGUAUGACAGUGUCCUGCCCACGCAAGCGCUACAACGCCACCUGUGAUGUGUUAGACCACGUACAUUGUUUAGGUAAAAGGCGUUUCCUAAAACGUUUAUUUUGUAAUUGGACUGGAGGUUACAAAUGGUCAACGGCAUUAGCACUCAGCAUCACGCUCGGCGGUUUUGGGGCAGAUCGGUUUUAUCUGGGCCAGUGGAGAGAGGGUCUGGGCAAACUGUUCAGCUUCGGAGGCCUGGGUAUUUGGACUUUGAUCGAUGUUCUUCUGAUAGGGGUCGGUUACGUGGGACCUGCUGACGGUUCUCUCUACAUCUGAGGCAAAGCUCUGGAGACUUGGCUGGAUGGUUUGUGCCCUGUUCCUGCUUCAUUCUCUAAAGACUGAACAUCUGAGAUGCCGUGUUCUUAGCACGUUUGCCCGCCCGAGCUCGCUGUGCAACACGUCCUCAUCCCAUCUGCUAACAGGCAGGAAGUGUUUUCCUCAUCACACCAACGAUGACUCUACCCACACAACCAUCAGAUCAAUUCCAAUCAUUCUGCAUCCGUCUCCUGUUGAGAUUCUGCAGAUGGAGCUGUACAGGGGGAUGAAGAGCCAGUAUGUCUAUCUUAUGUCUGAUUGGUUUGACUUAGCUGGUGGUUGAACUGAUAUAUAGAUAGGUUUGGUUUCCUGUGGAGCUGCGCUUUCACAGUCACCCUGUCACCUUGGAUCCGUGUGUUGCUACCCCCUUAUUACAAGGUAAAUGUAUCAGUUGGGGUGGGGGUGGGGGUAACCAUGGUUACAGAGCUUUUUAUGGGGACACCAGACACAGUAGAGAAGCUUAAGUAUAAUAUGAAUGUCCUGAAAGAAAGCAUGAAUAUGCAGAGGGGAACAUGUUCAGGUGUUUUUAUUGACAAGAGUUAGCUGCACCUGUGGAUGAGCUCUGUGGUUAUUUUGCAUGUACUAUGUUUAUCCUAUACUGAGUCAGCAGCACAGGCCACAACUGUAAGAAUGCUCCUGCAGGGGCUGGAUAAACCAUGCCCUGGCUUUUCAGAAGUACUAUAAUUACUGUCAUCACCUACUGAGACAUGCAGUCUGAUUUUUGGGAAACGCACAGAUAACAAUCUCAAACCAAAUGACGGCGUACGUUUGUACACAAUAAAUAUCGAAACAGUGCACACGUGUUGCACUAGCAAACUGCAGUUGCUUGUGGUUUCCUUUGUUGGAGAUUUUGGAGAUAUCCUGUUCAUUCAACUGGUAUUUUUCCUCCAACUCAUGAUCAUUCUUCACAUUAUUUAAAAGAAAUAAAAUAAGUAUUCUCUGUCUUCUGUACACUGUAAGAUCUUUGCUUGUGACUGUGUGGCACAAUGGAUUAACCUCUCAGUCCAUGUAAAUAUGUUUUCUGUAUCGUCAGGUCAUUGUAAUUUGCUGGAACACUGUAAAUGACAUUUUUUAAGUUAUGUUAAUAAAAUUGUGAAAUAUA